UUAUACUUUUAUUUCCUGCUUCUGCAGGAGGGCUGUUCUGGCCUCAGAAUAGCAUCCAUCAGAGUAUGAAUGCAUGUGAAUGUUAGACAGAAAGCACUUAGAAAUAGCAUAGAAAAAAGGGGCUUGUGUGAAUGGGUGUGAAUGAGGCAAGUUGUGUAAAGCGGUCCAUUUAUAAGAACCAGUUCAUUUACCAGAUAACCCCAUGAAUGUUAUCUAGUGUAAGAUCUCUCCUGGAAAUGCUUCAGCAGCCUGUUAUUGUUUGUGUCAAAAAAGUUGAUUGACAGGUUGGAAAACUACAGCAUGUGUGGAAAAAAACUGUCAUAGCACUGGUGAAUGGUUAAUUACAGUCGUGUAUGCGUGUGUGCUGCUGUUACAACAGCCAAAAUGAGGAAGUUGUUACCACACGUUCACACGCUGUGCUCUCACAGAGUGAUUAGAACCUAUUAACACGGUGUACUCGGGUGAUAGGUGUUAUGGUGUAUCAGUGAGGAUGAGUGCGGGUUAUCGUGUUUUUGUGCGCUUCUAUAUUUAGUCGAGGGCCAAGUCGCUAAAGUAAAUCUGUCAGUCAUAUCAGCCACUCAACAGGUUUGCCCCCCUCCCUCUCUCUCCCUCUCUCUCUCACUCUCUCUCUUUGACUUUGUUGCUCUCUCUCUCCUCUCUCUGUCUCUGUCUCUCUCUCUCUGUCUGGCACAUGACCUCUAAUGCUCCAUAUGGCCCGCUGACGUCUGCGCUUCCUAAUUCCUCUUCCUCUGUCUCUCUGAGGCUUUAUAUGCAGCAGUGACAAGUCAUAGUUAUUUCCACACACAGACCGCACAUCUGUCACUGUCUCCUGACACACUGCAGAGGUUUGAGCGGACAGGCAGCACAUCUGUUAGGUAGCAUUAAAAAGAGCCAUUAAGGACAUUUAACUGAGGAGUACCGUGGACAUUGCAGAGGAGCAUAAUGGAGACUCUGGUAUAUCCGAUGGGUGGAGGGGCCACGAAGCUGUACAACGCUCUGACUCAGCCCCUCAGCAGCACCACCUCUCUUCUCCCCUUCCCUUCUUCACAUCUGAACCCCCAACUACCUGCAUUCACAAAGCUGGAUCCAGAUUUCUGCCCGGAGGGGUCCUCUCCAUGUCCCCCUGAUCCAGAGGAGCUGCUUCGUCAGUGCGAGGAGGCCCUCAGGGACCGACCACCUCGCUUCGACAGGAAAUUCGUUCACCUCGGUGAUGGAGACGGCGCCCCCAGCAGUGUCAUCAGGGUGAUGCAAUGGAACAUCCUGGCUCAAGCUCUGGGCGAAGGACUCGACAAUUUUGUCAUGUGUCCUUUGGAGGCCCUCAGCUGGUCCCGCAGGAAGUACCUCAUCGUGGAGGAAGUCCUCACCUACCGGCCCCACAUCGUGUGCAUGCAGGAAGUCGACCACUACUACGACACCUUGCAGCCGGUGCUGGCAGGUUUGGGUUACAGCAGCCACUUCUGCCCCAAACCGUGGUCUCCGUGCCUGGGCGUUGAGGGCAACAACGGCCCUGACGGCUGUGCGCUGUUCUACGACGAGUCGCGAUUCGAGCUCCUCGACAGCGUCAACAUACGACUCUCUGCCAUGAGGAUUCCAACCAAUCAGGUUGCCAUAGUGACCACACUGCGCUGUCGGAUCACGGGUAAAUGCGUGUGCGUGGCCGUGACACAUCUGAAGGCUCGUUCUGGCUGGGAGUGGCUCCGCAGCACUCAGGGGUCAGACCUCCUUUGGCAUCUCCAGAAUGUGGUCCAGAAGCAGCCCGGCGACCCUGCCGCCGACAUACCUCUGCUCAUAUGCGGGGAUUUCAACGCAGUCCCAAAUGAGGAGGUGUAUCGGCGCUUCGCCACAUCGUCUUUCGGCUUGGACUCGGCCUACAAGAAACUCAGCCGGGACGGUUUGACGGAGCCGGAGUACACAACGUGGAAGAUUCGGCCCACGGGGGAGUGCUGCAGUACUCUGGACUACAUCUGGUACACCAAGGACACGCUGAGAGUGGACGCCGUCUUGGACAUGCCCACCGAGGAGGAGAUCGGGCCAAACAGGCUUCCGUCCUUUAGUUAUCCAUCCGACCACCUCUCUCUGGUUUGUGACUUCAGCUUUAAGGAGGAGGAGUGAGAAGGAAACAACAAACCGGCACGCCGGAAGUGAUGAUGCUGUGGAGUCGAGGUUGGCUCUUCCUCCUCGCUUUAUCGUGAGCAGACCAGGAGGUCACAUGUGAGUGAUAAAGACAGUGUGCCAAAACAUGGCCAAGACUUUAAUGAGACACUGACUGUGUACCUCUGCAGCACGGGAUAGUCCAGCUGCAGGUGUGCUUUACCUGUCGUCAGACUGCACACACGUACUUUAAGAACUCUGAAUGUUGUGCUUCAUGCUGCUGAUGCACUACAGGACAGACGUGGUCGGAGUAUCACACACAUAUGAGGUGGAAUCAGGAGGUUUCUCACCUCUUAACAUCCUGCAGGCCACUCCGAUUUUCAGAAAACCGUGUUUCCAACUCUGGAUCUUUCACCAAUGACCUGAUGGAUGUUAAGAGAUUAAAAUGAGUGAAUUUUUCUAUUUGUAUUAAAAAAUAAAUAAAAAUGGGCACAACACAGUCUGGAAAUGCAUCGGAUAUCAUCUGCUGUCUUCGUUUCUGGCGACAACACAUAUCUGUGCCAAGACUUUAUGUUCCUGCACCUUUUUCUUUUUCUUUUUUAAAUUUUGAUGAAUGCAGAUAAAUGAAAAACUAAUAAAGAUACAUGGUUGUUUGGCAGAAGUUGAUAGUUUUGUGAUUUGAUAUUGGUUCCUUCUUAAGCUCUCCACACCACAGACAGUAGAAAAGAUGGGCGCAGCCACUGUGAUGUCACACACUGACCCAGGAGGCGAGCGUCUUUGCAGUCACCGUCUUGGCGUUUGGCUGUACAGGCUCCGUAUAGCCCUCCAUUCUCACUCACAAAAUAGACUUCAUGCUUUGUUCAGUAUUAGUACGUGGCCAUUCUGCACUAUUGUGUGGUCUGUGAUCUUUAGUCAUAGUCACCUUCGUAUCUGAUGUAGAUAAGAACCUUUAGGAAUCACUGGAAACUGUGUGCCAGUUUUGGUUACACAACUCAUGAUCACAUAAGAUGAACUGAAACUAGUAGCUUGUCAGCUGAGGGUGUGUUUUUAAAAAAAAAACAAUCAUCUGAUUUCACAGAGCUUUAGUUCCCACAGCUGUUCGCCGAUAACGAUCGAGCGGACAUACGUUGUGCGUCCAGAGAGGCGCACUGUGAGCAUUGGUGAACAUUGUAAGUUUUGUAUGAAAAACUUACUAUUCAGCCAUUCAUUUUAAAAUUUACCACAACUUUCCAUGUCCAUUACUUUAAAAGCAUUUUGAAAACCGAUGAUUCUUUUUGAUCCACCCUCUAACUUUAGAGCCAGAGGCGUCGCCCCCUUUUGACGAUAUGAAAGAAAACACUUUCCAUCUUUUAGAUCAUCAACAGGGGCUUUAACAUUCGGAAGUGAAGUCCAUCUUUUCUGUUGUCUGUGGUCCACAGAAACCGUCUACCUCCACAUUACCACAUUGUUCUCGAGUGUGAUUGGUCAAUAGUGGCACUUUAUUCUACAGGUGGAUUACAAACAGAAACCAGGCCUCUCGUCCCCUCCCUGCAAACAUCUUUUUAUAGACGUUACAGACUAAAUAAUAAUAAGCUGCUCACACCCCCUCUCAUGCCUUUAUUGAUCUGCUUUGCCUGCAGUGAUGAGUCAGCUGUAGUUUGCAGAGAUAAAAA